UUCUCCAUACAUCCCAAUGCACGGUUACAAUGCAGGACCCCCAUCCGCGGACAUACCAUCAACUUCUCCAAACAUCCCAAUGUACGGUUACUAUGGACCAAUGCAUGCGUGGUCACCGGGUUUUCUCCCAUUUCCCGCCGUCAACUAAUAUCCAAGCAAUGUACAUGUGGUGAAAAUCAUGUUUUCCGUUUAGUUAUAAUAAGUUAGUUUUUUUGAAGAGUUGAAUUGCAGUUGGUUUUUUUGAAGAGUUUAAUUGGAAUUUUUGUUUUUUUGACAAAAUACUAGUUACCCAUUUCAACAUGGCAUGAAAGGCCAGUUUUCUCUCAGUAAUACCUCCAUUACAAGCAGAUUUAUUGGUUUGGAGGAUAAUAGACCCUCAGUUGGGCAAACUGAAUCGCCAGCUACAUCUUCUGGAGUUGAAGAAAUUCAUCCUGAUAGCCCAGAUGCAGAAGAAAUCGAGUGUGGUAGUGCCGGAACAUCAGAGAAAGUGCAAAUGGAUGGUGAUGAUGAUCCAGUUUCGGGGAUGAAGUUUAAUUCCUUAGAAGAUUUAAUAAGUUACUAUAAGGAAUAUGGUAAGAAACGUGGGUUUGAGGUGAUGACAAAAAGGAGUGAGAGGGGAGAUGAUCAGACUGUUAGAUAUGUCACCCUUGCCUGUGCCCGUGGAGGGAAGGCCUGGAAUAGGACUAUAAAUGUCGCCAACCCACGUCCGACAGGAAAGACGGAAUGUAAGGCAAAAAUUAAUGCCUUAAAAGUUGCUGAUGGAAAGUUUCGACUGACUACAAUUCACAAUAUCCACAACCACGGUUUCAAUCCAAAGAAAUCUCGCUUCUUUCGAUGUAAUAGAGAAGUGAGUGGAUCUGUUAAAAGGGUCCUAGAUACGAAUGAUUUGGCCGGCAUCAAGAUGAAUAAGAGUUUCGGGAUUCUUGUUGUUGGUGCGGGAGGUUUUGAGAACCUCCCGUUUUUGGAAAAGGAUUGUCGUAACUAUAUCGACAAGGCAUGA